CUGCUGCAGCUGCUGCCUGACACUGACAGAGAGACAGAACAUGUGAAUGAGAAGGAGAUUGAGAGAGUUGCACUGGGACAGACUGACAGUUAGCAGGAAUGUUGUCUGGCUGCUGAUUCACAGCCAGCAGGGUGAGAAAAGAGGACAAACACCUCUGUCCCAUUGUCUUUGUCUCGUACGCACCAGCGCUUGUGAAGUGAGUUUGCACUGUCAGGUGUGUCCGAGCUCUGCUCUGAUGGAUUAGUGUCUUCUGUGGAGCAGUGUGUUGCAGCCAUGGGGAACCAGGAAACCCGGGUGGAGGAGCCGGACACAGGUGUCCAGUCAACCAAAAAGUCAGGAAUUCCAGCUCCUCGUGAGAUCCCACAAAGCAUUUCCAGAGAACGUCUCUCAUUGCGGGACCAGCAGAAAAGCUCUACAGCCAAAAAGAUGAUCAGCAGUGCCAGCACCUCCAGCCUGUCCACGCUGGCCAAGCAUUCUCGUGGCUCUGUCAAGACCAAAGCAGAGUCUGUUGUUUUGGACAAGACCCUGCUGGAGAGUCAGGUGAGGGAGCUUCUGGCUGAGGCCAAAACCAAAGAGUUUGAGAUCAGUAAGUUACGGACGGAGCUCCAACGACAUAAAGGGAAGGAUUCAUCAUCAGAGGCUGGUACACCAGAGGGGAAUUCAGAGAUAGAAAAGACACCAGCACAGCCUGGUGAUAUUCAGGUGCUCAUAGGGGAACUGAGGGAGAAGAAUGGACGUUUUCAGCGUGAGUUGGCCACCUUGCGGGAAGAGAAUCAGGCUUUGAAGCAGAAGCUUAUUACAUUAGAGAGCACUACAACAUUGCUCACCAGCUCCAGCAAGCAUUCAGUUAAUGGGGUUUUAUCAGAUAACACCACUUCAGAUGCUGUCAAUGGAAGCCACCUUAAAUCUUCUUUCUCAUCUGGUAGUGACAUCAAAGGCUCACCUUUACCCUCAUCAGACUCCUCAGAGUUUGAGAAUAUUCCCUCACUUUCAGACUCAGUCAGUAGCAGCAUUAAGAGUGUGGUGCCCAGUGGUGUGGUGAAGGAGCUCUCAGUGGAGUGCCUGACAGACCGCAUCCAGAAGAUGGAAGAAAGUCACCACAGUACAGCCGAAGAACUACAGGCCACUCUACAGGAGCUGGCUGACCAGCAACAGGUUGUCCAAGAGCUAACAGCUGAAAAUGAGCGUCUGGCGGAGGAGAAGGGCCUCUUACAGACUUCCCUACAGCAGCAAAGGGAGCGUGUAGAACUCUUGGCGCAACAGAACGAGUCCCUUCUCCAGAGGCUCAGAGAACAAGCUCAAAGUCAAGAAGCUGAGGCUUCACGUGCAUCUCGGGUUGCAGAGCUUGAACAGCGUUUGGCUGAGCAAGUGGAGAGCUCCCACUUCGAAAGAGAGAAGCUGGUUGACAUCCAGCAGCAGCUCACAGGGAGUCUUAGAGCUUUGGAAAAGGAGAAUCAGGAGACACAAAAUGCUGUUAAGAGCUUAAGUGAAGAAUUAGAGCUUCUUCAAGGGCAUCUGGAUAGCGAGAAGGUUGCUAGAGAUGAGGCGGUGAGGAAAACUGAGGAACAGCGGCUAGCCACGGAGGCUUUGAGAGUGGAGAAUGUCAAUCUGAAGGCACAGGUUGAGGUGGAGAGGCAGAAGGUAGCUGAGUUGAAGGCAGUGCAGAGCGCCAGUGACAACACCGAGUUGAAAAGUCUGCUCAAAGCGGCACAUGAAGAUAGAGACAAGCUGGAGCUGAGCUGCACAGAGCUACGCCAAGAACUGCAGGAGGUGGAGGCAGACCGGCAACAGUUGCUAGAAAAGGUGGAGAAACAGGAACAAGAUCAUAAAGCCAACAUUCUUGCUCUAAAGGAGAAGUGCAAAGAUGCUGAGAACCGGAUCAAGGACCUGAAAGACACCAUCUUUGAGUUGGAGGACCAGGUGGAGCAGCAACGGGCAGUUAGUCUGCACACCAAUCAGACCAUCCUGGACCUUGAGAAUGAGAUCAAGAGGCUGGAAGAAAACAAGGCUGAGCUGGAGAAACAGAUUAAGGCCAUGAAUAAACAGAUGAAGGAUGAGACAGAGGAGUGGCGGCGUUUCCAGGCAGACCUCCAGACAGCAGUAGUGGUCGCCAAUGACAUAAAGGUGGAAGCUCAGCAGGAGCUGCGCUCACUACACAGACGUCUGCAGGAGGAGCAGGAGCACAGCACAAGACUGGCUUCAGAGCUGGAGCAGAUUCAGGGCACCAGGUUAUGGAGUGAAGAUGUUUGUCCCUCUGACUCAGAUGGCAGUCUUCACUGGUGCCGAAUGACCAUGUCCCAGAAUGCACCUGUCGGUUUCCUAUCCCACGGCAGUGGGAGUGGAAGCAACACGUCCUCAGAAUCAGCAGCCACUGUCAAAUCCCUCAUCAAGUCUUUUGACACUGCUUUGCCGAAUGGACCCUGCAGCUCAGUACAGAUACAUACAUCUCCCAGAAGCCCUCUAAGUGGCAUACCAGUCCGCACAGCCCCUUCUGCUGCUGUCUCACCAAUUCAGAGGCACUCUGGAAUCAAGCAACUGUCAAAGACCCUUGAUAGAAGAAUCGCCUUUGGAGAUUUCUCUCACAAUGGGUUAUGUGACGAACUGAAGCCCUCAUCUCUUAUGAGGAAAAGUCCGUCCCUCGAGUCAGUAAUUAAACCUCCAGCUCACUUCAAUGUCCGCACCUCCUCAUUUACUUACAACAGAGCCAACAGUAAACUCAAUGUGGAAAGAACAGACCCUCUGUCUGCUCUGGCGCGGGAGUAUGGUGGAUCUAAGAGGAACGCUCUACUGAAGUGGUGCCAGAAGAAAACAGAGGGCUAUCCGAAUAUAGAUGUGACAAACUUCAGCAGCAGCUGGAGUGAUGGCCUGGCAUUCUGUGCUCUGUUACACACCUAUCUACCUGCACAUAUCCCUUACCAGGAGCUCAUCAGCCAAGACAAGGGACGAAAUCUCACUCUGGCAUUCCAAGCAGCUGAAAGCAUUGGUAUCAAGACCUCUCUGGACAUUGAUGAGCUGAUGCACACAGACAGACCGGACUGGCAAAGUGUAAUGCAGUAUGUGGCUCAGAUCUAUAAGUACUUUGAGACUUAAUGUGUAAUUGGAAGAAAUGAAGAAGAAAGAAAAAGAAGAAGAGGCACAGAAGCACUUUUUUUUUGGCCUGGUCCAGUUCUUCCUUCACAGCCAGUGAUUCUAAUUACAAACAGACAGACACAGUUCUGUAGUGUUCACACUAUCAGGUUCUCACUCUAAAUGCAAGAAAUAUCAUAUAAGUCCAAUAGUCAUGCAUACACAAACUCAUUCAAGCAUCAAACAUCUUCUGUUUCCUUACAAUUCAUGUCUCAUAUGAUCCUUACUCAGUUUCUGAAGUUUGAAGUUGCUUGCAGAGUGUAGGUUUGUAAUCUUACAAUGAAACUGGUAUAUAGUUUUUUUUUAGUAUACUAACUUUUGCUAAGAGGUCAAGUGCAUCUUUAUAAAUUAUUAUUACCUAAAUCUAUAUAUUGGCAUACUUAUAUAUUGAUAUACUUAAAGUAUUUUUAAAAUUUUAGUUUUUCCACAAAUAAUUUUAAAGACUAGUAUAUGUCAUAGAAAAGCAUCAAACUAUGGAAAUUAAGUUUCAUGUGUUUUGUUGAAAAGUUGAGAGACACUCAACAACCAUUGAAAACGUUAAAUGUUCCAAUUAUUUAACAGACUAUGUCCAUUUACAUAAUCAUCAUUAACAAUUACAGUUUUUUUCGAUUGCUAAACCACAGUGGAGCACAACUGGAGCUACAUGUGCAAAACUCUA